GAGUUUUUUUGUUGGAUGUAUUGGGUGUUUUUGAUUGGAGGAUUUGGAUUUGGAUUUGGGGGAGUUUUUGGAGUUUGGGAUUGGUGGCAGCUGGGAUCAUUGUUUUCGAUUUAGUAGCUGAAUUCUGAUUGGAAAUUGGGCAAAGAUGAAGGAAAGAAGUGGGCUUUUGAAUAAUCAGUUGAGUUUGGAUGUUCAGAAUCUCUCUACAAAUGAUCUUCAGGUGGCCAACAUGGCUGGUGUUAAGAUAAGGAAACCUUACACAAUGACUAAACAGAGAGAGAAAUGGACAGAUGAAGAGCACAAUAAGUUUUUGGAAGCUUUGAAGCUGUAUGGCCGAGCUUGGCGCCGCAUAGAAGAGCACAUUGGCACGAAGACAGCUGUCCAGAUUCGGAGCCAUGCUCAGAAGUUUUUCACUAAGUUGGGUCGUGAGUCGGCCUGCAGCGAUGGUGCGACAGGGAGUAGCAUUGAGAUCCCUCCUCCUCGGCCAAAAAGAAAGCCAAUCCAUCCUUACCCUCGGAAAUUGGUCAAUUUACCAAAGAAAGGAGUCCAAGUUACCACACUUGUAGAUUGGUGUAUUUCCCAAGCUCCAUCAGCAUCUGUUUCUGAGCAAACAAAUCAGUCUCCAACAUCAGUAUUAUCUACAACUUUAUGCUCUGAUGCAACAGGAUCAUCAGGUUCAAAUUCUCCCAAUGCAUGCACAUCGCAACAAUCACCUGUUUCUGGAACAAAAUCAAGCAAUGAACCAUUGAAUGAAGAGGAAAAUGGAUCUCCAUCCGCAAAGUUGAAUGCAGAGGUUACAUCUGCCAUGGAAUUAGAUUCCAGUCUUCAAGAUGCCUUUCCAUCUAAAGAAAACUCAUCUGAACAAACUCAAGGCACAAGUGUUAAACUCUUUGGUAAGACAGUGUUUGUUGCUUCCAGUGCAGUUGAGUGCAACAACAAUACUGUGCUCGCAGAUGAUUUGGAUAGUCACCAAAGUAGCACAUGCCUGCGUAUGGAGAACCAAGAAAAGCCCACCGUGCAAACUCCAUGGAAUCCAUGGUCUGCCAGCAUGCACCCCAUGUUCUUCAUAUCCCCAUAUCCUGCUGCAAAUCUCCCUCCUGGGUCUGCCACUCUUCCCUGUCCUAUGUGGUGGUCAUCAAAUGGAGGGGGGAGUCCAAUCCCACUUGGUCGGCAUCCUCACACUGAAGCUUGCACAGAUUCUGAUUUCAGCUCACCUAGCGAAGUAGAUGACUCACAACUUGCCCAACCUACUUAUGUUUCCAACUCCAUGCUAUCACCGGUUUUAAACCUUACACUGAAUUCACCUCUCACAAGUAGUCCUAAAGCAAGCAAUGGACAAACAGGCAGGGGUUUUGUGCCAUACAAAAGAUGUACAGCUGAGAAAGCACUUCAUCAACCAGUAAUCAUUCCAUAUGAGAACAAAAAUGGCCAAAGCUUGCAGUUGUGCUUGUAGUAGCAGUAGCCGUCCGCUUACAACACCCUUUUUGGUCACAAGUGACUUUUUUUUUUUGGCCAUUUUUGUUGUGUUUUCCCCCUGUUUUGCAGCUGGAGUGUUGUAUACCGCACAACAUCCUCCUUCUCAGUGACAGAUAGAGGGAGAGAGUUUGGUAUUUCAGUAAUAUCCGAACCUCUCUUCAAACAAAUUCACUUUUUUCUUUUUUUUGUCAAUUUUUAAGUUUGUUGUAUCAUCUAUCAUGUAUUUUGAUCUUGUGCCAUAAACAUUGACACACUUCUUUUAUUAUCAAAUUAGAUGCAUAUUGUUCAGUACAAA